AGAAUUUAUAAUAAUAUAUUGAACAUUUAUAAAUUGAUGUGACAGUUGAUGAUAUAGAAAGACAAUGGUGCGUAAAACGGUCACUUUAAAUGGAGUCAAACAAAAAAUAUCAUUAGACAGUUUGAUAUUUCGGUCAGACUUUCAUAAAUAUAGAAAGAUAUUUCGCGCCAUUCUAACACGACUUUUGCUGUUGACACAUUGUGUUGUGGCGAUAUUGAUAGUCGCGAAAACCGUUGAUGUUAGAUUCUAUGGCAUCUUUGCACCGUACAUAUUCUUUUUUCUGCUCGAAACCAGCGUUAUUCUAUAUUGCAGAUGGGGCUGCGAAUGGAGCAGAAUAUGUACAUGUUUUUGUAUAUAUCUGUCGACUGUUGUACCAGUUUUGUGGAUUUUAAGGCUACACGACGCAAAUCAAGAUGGUGGAUCAGCGAAAGGCUUAAAUGACACGACAACAACAGCAACAGCAACAAAUACAACGACAAUACCGCCACUUUCAAUUACAAACGGAGGGAAUAAUACUUCAGAUGAAUUGUUUCAAGCUUCUAAGCUUACAACAUUUCUUCUUAACGUAGGACCAAUUUCAUUGCUAGAGCAGUCGAUGAUGUUUUUGGUCAUUUUGUGCAGAUGGCUUUUACCACGAGGGAGGAUAGACAGAAAUUCUCUUUCACAAUUACUGAUCAUGUACUCUGCCAUCAGUGCUGAUAUUUUGGACUUUUCUGAGAUCUUUAAUAAAGAUCAAAUAAAGCACAGCGGUCCUUUUAGAUACGUAGUGCUUGGCGUUUGGUCAUGGAGUCUCGUGCAAUUUGUCGUCGUCAUUACUACGUCAUUUGCGAUCAAACGUCAUGAACGCAAUACAGUGUCAAGAAGCCAAGAUCGCUCCGAAAUACUCUCUGUUUUGAUGGUUCUGUUUAUGCAAGAUGGGCCUUUUCUGGGUGUAAGAUGUUACGCUAUAUUCUAUAUUCAUAUUUCUGAGUAUCUAAUAAUGUUCUUUUCGCUGAAAAAUGCUCUAACUUUGAUUCUCGGAUUUUAUCGUCUGCUUGUUCUAUGCGACUGUAUAAGCACAGAGGGAAACGAUUUGCUAAGGAAGUCGGAAAUCGCGAGAAGUAUGGAAUCCCUUGACGAUUUAGAAAUGGAAGAAGAUUUUUCAAAGAAGAAAGGCAAAAAGAGAAAAAAAGAUACACGAAAUAAGACAAGAUAUUAAAACAAAUAUAAAGAUAUUGUUGUAGUGUAUGUAAUGACAAAUUAAUGUUGUCUUUUUAGUUACCUGGGUUUUAAAUUUUCAAAAUCAAGUUCUUUUGCAGAUUUACUUGCUGUAAAAUGUUUAUCAGAACAGGCAAGUAAAGCUAUUUAAAAAAUUCCCUUUUAAAAAAGGUUUAUUUUGAUGUAAGAUUGAAUCUGUACUGUUUGAUAUUCUUGUAGUUAUUGAUUAAGAUAUUGAUGUUUUUUUAUUUGAAGUAACAAGCAACAAAUAUUGCAGUGUUAGGCGAGUUAGAAAGUUACCAUUUUUAAGUCAUUGUAUUAGAAAAAUCAUUAAAAGAAUGGUUAAAACUAACAAUGAUUACUAAAUUUAAUAGGGUUUAUGUUGAAAAUUGUGAUAUAAUUAACUUAACGGGAACAUGUUGGACGAAUAAACGUGCUCUGUUUAGAUUUAGUACAUGUAAUUUAAUGUAGAAUUAUGUACUUUUGUGUCGAGUAUGUAAAAACGAGACUGAAAGUGAAUAUCAUUUUUACUUAUAUGUUUUACACACUUUCAUCUUAGCCGACAAUGUCGAACCGUUUAUAAAUAUCUUGUGAACUCAGAUAACAAAAGAAAAUAAUAAAAUGUUGCAUGCUUUUUUUUAAAGAAUCAUUAAUCUUAAGAGAGAAAAAAAAGUUAAAGAAAAGUAUAAUGUAAAAUUAAUUUGUUCCUGUAUAUUGUGUGUUUAUUGUAGUAGUUGUUGUAAGUAAAUGUAAUAUAUUAUGUACAUGAUGAAUCAAUGUUUAAUAAUAUGUAACAUAUAAACUAUUAUCAAUACGUAUUAUAUGGUAUAUGCAAACUAUUUAUUGUCAAUACGUUUUUAUAUGUAAUAAAUGAAAUUUUUAUUGUCAGUACGUAUUAAUAUGUUAUAUAUGAACUAUUUACCAUCAAUACGUAUUUAUAUAAUACAUGUAUAUAUAAUAUAUUUAUUAUCAAUACAUAUUUAUGUGCAAUAUAUGAUCUUCUAUUGCCAAUGAUUAUUUAUAUGUAAUAUAUAAACUAUUUAUUAUGAACAGUUUCUUGUUUUUGCCCAAUGUCAUUGCAUAUACAGACUGAUUGUCUAAUAAAGUUGAUUUGAGUUGAGGUAAAUAUUCGUAGAAUAAGUUUAUUCAUUUUUAUAUCAAUGGAAGAUAUUAAAAAAAACCCACUAUAUUCUCGAUUGAAGUUAUGGUGAACUAUUUUAGUUUGUACAAUAUUUGUGUUGAUUACAGACAAUUAAAUUAUUAUCAAUACCAUUUUUUCAGGUUUUCAGGUAUUUAAUUGAUUGCUGUUUAAUAUUAAUAAAAACACUCUUGUAAAAUGA